AUGAGAAUGAGACUAGUAAUUUUUUUAGCUCUUAUUUGCUUCUGCUUAGGCUAAAUUAAUCUAAGAAAAGAAAUUUAAAGUAAUAUACAUAAUUUAGAAUAAUGUUAAAAACCUUGUUUAAAUUAGAUUGAUUAAGUAAUUCUUGGAGCUGUUUUAGGUUUUCGAUCAGAUUAACAUGGAAUUACAUUUAAAAAUAAUCCCAAAAAAAAUCUAAUUUACUUGUGCUGCGACUAAUAGAAAACCUAUGAUUUUUUGAAUGGUUUAAUAGUUCCUGAUUUUACAGAUGUUAAAUAGCUUAAUAUAGAAGACUCCAAUAAUUUUGAAGUUGAUAUAUAACCCUUUUCUGGAGAUGGUGCUAAAUAUGCUAUUUAGCUUAAUCAUACAUUUUAAAGAAUAGCUUUUUAGCUUGAAACAAAUUCAUAACUUUAGGCAAACAUGACAUUUAUACAAAAUGAAAUCCCUGAACCUAAUAAAUGUGAUAAUUCGUACGCAGUUGAUAACAAAAACUGGUAUUGGGUUUUUAGUAGUAUAGGAGAAAGUGUUUUAACAUAGGUAUAAAUUGGUUCCUAAUUUGAUGUACAAUUCAUUUUUACCACCAAUCAAGAAUAUACUAAAGAAGAAGUUAUCAGAAUUUAUUAGCAAUACAUAGCUACAAAUAAUGUAAUGACUGUCCAUAAACCCUUUGAUACACUCAUGCAUUUUAUUAGUUCUGUUGUAAAAGGAGGAGCAUUAAAUCUUUCUAGUUUUGAUAACUUUUAGGAUUAUUUAAAUAAUCUAGGUCCUUAAAGUUACACCCCAGUUUUUACAGAAAAUAAUUAUAAAUCUAUCAAUUCUUUUAGAAUUUUUGAUAAAGAAUCCAAAGAUAUCAAAAAAUGUUCCUUUGAAACAUGGAAUUUCGUUAAGAAAAGUGAAUAAUGA